AUGUCUUCUGCUACACCCCUUGAGCCUACAGGUCUUAUUGCAAACGAGGGCAUCGAAUUACUUACAUUUUGGACGCCUAAUGGAUACAAGAUCUCCAUCCUCCUUGAGGAGCUAAAGGCAGCAUAUGGCAAAACGUACACUUGGAAAAACAUCAAUGUAUUCCAAAACGAACAGAAGGAUCCCUGGUACACUUCCAUCAAUUCAAACGGUCGUAUUCCUGCUAUAGUCGACCAUGACCGCUCUGACUUUGCCGUCUGGGAAUCAUCCGCGAUAUUGUCCUAUCUUACCCGCCACUACGAUCCAUCUCAUCACUUCUCCUUCCCCAUUGAAUCUGAUGACUAUUCCCGGUGCGAACAAUGGAUAGCAUUUCACCAUGCCGGCGUAGGUCCCAUGCAAGGUCAAGCAAACCACUUCUACCGUCUCGCUAAAGAGCGUAUGCCUUACCCUACUCAACGCUAUAUCGGUGAGUGUGAGCGACUGUAUGGUGUUCUUGACGGUUUUUUAGCGGAUAGGGAUUAUCUUGUUGGUCCUGGACGUGGAAAAUACAGCAUCGCUGAUAUUGCCAACUUUACGUGGGUUAAUGCGGCUUAUUUUUCUGGGAUUGAAUUGAAAAAAUUCCCGAAUUUGUGGACUUGGUGUGACAGGAUUAAUGCUCGAGAGGGUGUACAGAAGGGGAUGGAGGUACCGCAGGUAAGCGGCUUGGAUAAUAAGGCUUGGUUGAAGCAGUUGGAGACUGGGAGCGAGGAGUUCAAACAACAGGAGGCUAAUCUCCAAAACCUGUUGGCGGAGUAUAACUUUCAAGGAGAGAAGAAAACUUGA